AUGAUGGAAAACAUGGGCUCAGAGUUGGCCGACCAGCAAAUGGGCGGUGGCAGCAGUCAUGCCAGCGCUGAUGACAACCACAGUGAGUCUAGUGGUGUCCCAACAGUUGAUAACAUCGAUGCUGUCGAGUCAGUCGACAGUGUAGGCAGUGGUGUCGAUCCGCCAGAGCUAUUGCCGGCCCAUGAGAUCGCUGACGAAAUCGCCGCCACCAGAGCUGACUCAACCGAUGCCGACGUCGACGAUAUAGACGAAGACGGAGACAAUUGCGAACCAGACGUUUCAGACGAGGUUACAGUUGCCGAGUCGACCGGUAUGAUCGACGCCAGUGACUUUCGGGGUGUGCUCUCGGAGCCCACCUAUCAGACACUCAACGGCAGAAUGACUCCCCCGGGGUUCACAACGUCCAGCUCUUACGCCACACUUACGCCACUGCAGCCGUUGCCACCCAUCUCGACCAUGUCCGACAAGUUUACCCACCAUUACGGCCAUCCCGGCAACGGUGGCUUCACUCUCAUGCAUAUGCAAAACGCCAGUCUCGGUAUGAAUGCUAAUCAGUAUCAAUACGACAAGUUAGGCACCGCUAUGGCAGCGGCCGGUAUGAACAUGUCAAACAUGUCACCCACUCUCGGUGUUGCCACAGGACACCAUCACCACCACCACCACCACCACGUCAUCAACACCAACGGCAACAUUCACUCUCAUUCGUCGGCCAUUCCGUCGCCGCCAUACCAUUCAAAUGGAUUACAUUCGCCGGACAAGAGUCUGUCGCCGACCAAUGGCUACGACUACACGUUAAGACAGGGCUCGCCUCAGUCGCCCUCAUCUGUUAAUUUACAUUCGCCGACAUCAUUAAUGCCAGCCCUGAACGGUCUGCCAACGAGUCCGCCGUCGAGUCACAUCCCGUCGCCACCGCCCGCACAGGUGUCGCAAAUGAGUUCAGUUCCCAUAACAGUAAGUGGUGUCCUUACUUCGGUCACUGCACCCCAACAGUUCACUCACAACACCCAACACCUCAAAGUGGCCACCACUCUGACCGCUGCACCGCAACCAAUCACUGUCUUACAAGCAGUCACUCCGACCCCCGCAGCCAUUGCACCGACCGGUCAGACGGUUACUAUAGUACAGGCGGCCACCUCUGGCAUUAGCCACUUAGCCCAAGCUAUUGUCUCCACACCUGUCGCUGUUGUCACCACUGCUAACGCUCUUCACCAACAGCAGCAACAACUCAAUCAAAUCAAACAACAACACCAACACAUCGUCACCAUUGGCGGCGCCAACGGCUCAAAGCACGCCAACAGUCAGACCAACCAACAAGUCAUUCAGACCCAAACGCAGACCUCGUCCUCGGCAUCCAAUAACGGCGCCGACGAUAUCGAAGAAAUCAAUACCAAAGAUCUCGCACAACGGAUUAGUGCCGAACUCAAGCGAUACUCUAUACCUCAGGCCAUCUUCGCUCAGAGGGUGUUGUGUCGAUCGCAGGGAACUCUGUCUGAUCUGCUCCGUAACCCUAAGCCGUGGAGCAAACUUAAGUCCGGACGCGAGACCUUCAGACGGAUGCAGAAGUGGUUGGAAGAGCCGGAGUUCCAGCGGAUGUCGGCUCUCAGACUUGCAGUAUAG